CCGCAUCCUAGCGGGACUCAUAUUCUCGGCAGUGGGAGACGCCUUUCUCAUCUGGCAGGAGCAGGGCUACUUCAUUCAUGGUCUCCUGAUGUUCGCCAUCACACACAUCCUGUACUCUUCAGCCUUUGGCAUGAAGCCUUUGGACCUCAAAGCCGGCUUGCUGAUGGGCCUUGUCUCCAGCUCCUGCUAUGCCUUCCUGUACUCCUACCUCUCGGGUCCCUUCACCUACCUGGUGGCCGUCUACAUCGCCCUGAUCGGCUUCAUGGGCUGGCGGGCGGUGGCGGGCGUGCAGCUGUGCAACGACCUGUGGACGUGGACCAAGCUGUCGGCCUGCGUGGGCGCCAUGCUCUUCAUGGUGUCGGACCUCACCAUCGCGCUCAACAAGUUCUGCUUCCCCGUGCCCUACUCGCGCUUCAUCAUCAUGGCCACCUACUACGCCGCCCAGAUGCUGAUUGCGCUGUCGGCCGUGGAGACCAGGGAUGAAGAGGACUUCAGGAAGAGGAGCUAGGUGGAGUGCCAAUAGUCAGUGAACACAUGGGUUAUAUCUCAGAUUCUCAGUGUGUCUGAGUGGUUGGCCACUGCUAUAUUUUUAUUCCACCACUGGCUCCUGGAAGAUUUCAAUCUACAUUAAAAGAACCAGCAGCAAUGUAUGUAUAUUUGUAUUGGUCUACCUGCCAGCAUGUUCAGUGGUUCAGAUUUUCUGUAAUCUCUUAUCUAGGCAUGGCCAGCAGCAGUGAAAUUCCUGCACUUUGUGUGGCCAGCUCUUUGUAAAAGGGACUCCCUCACUUGAAAAGCUGUAUUUACUUUCUUGGUAUUGCAGGGCUUGCUCUCAAAAAGAAGCCUAAA